CUUUGUCCCGGGGAGUGUGAGGGGAGAUUCUGGCUUUGGACUUGAGCACCGCCUGGGACCUAGGCUGAGGGAGCCAGCAUGUCUCAGUGGAAUCAAGUCCAACAGUUAGAAAUCAAAUAUUUGGAGCAAGUAGAUCAGUUCUAUGAUGACAAUUUUCCUAUGGAAAUUCGACAUCUGCUGGCCCAAUGGAUUGAAAAUCAGGACUGGGAGGCGGCUUCUAACAAUGAAACCAUGGCAACAAUUCUUCUUCAAAACUUGUUAAUACAACUGGAUGACCAGUUAGGUCGUGUUUCCAAAGAGAAAAAUCUGCUCUUGAUACACAAUCUGAAAAGAAUUAGGAAAGUCCUUCAGGGAAAAUUUCAUGGAAAUCCAAUGCAUGUAGCUGUGGUUAUUUCAAAUUGUUUAAGGGAAGAGAGGAGAAUAUUGGCUGCAGCCAACAUGCCCAUUCAGGGACCUCUGGAGAAAUCCUUACAAAGCUCUUCAGUUUCAGAAAGACAGAGGAAUGUGGAGCACAAAGUGGCUGCCAUUAAAAACAGCGUGCAGAUGACAGAACAAGACACCAAAUAUUUAGAAGACCUGCAAGAUGAAUUUGACUACAGGUAUAAAACAAUUCAGACGAUGGAUCAGGGUGACAAGAACAAUGCCCUAAUGAGUCAGGAAGUUUUGACCCUGCAGGAAAUGCUCAACAGCCUCGACUUCAAGAGAAAGGAAGGCCUCAGUAAGAUGACACAAAUAGUAAAUGAAACGGACGUGUUAAUAAACAGCAUGCUAAUAGAAGAGCUGCAGGACUGGAAGAGGCGGCAGCAAAUUGCCUGCAUCGGAGGUCCACUUCAUAAUGGGCUCGACCAGCUUCAAAACUGCUUUACACUGUUGGCAGAAAGUCUGUUCCAACUCAAAAGGCAAUUGGAGAAAUUAGAGGAGCAGUCUACCAAAAUGACAUAUGAAGGUGAUCCCAUCCCGAUGCAAAGACCACAUCUGCUGGAAAGAGUUACCUUCUUGAUCUACAACCUCUUUAAGAACUCAUUUGUGGUUGAACGACAGCCAUGCAUGCCAACCCACCCUCAGAGGCCGAUGGUACUUAAAACUCUCAUUCAGUUCACUGUAAAGCUAAGACUACUAAUAAAAUUGCCAGAACUAAACUAUCAGGUAAAAGUGAAAGCAUCAAUUGACAAGAAUGUUUCAACUCUAAGCAAUCGAAGAUUUGUCCUUUGUGGAACUCAUGUCAAAGCCAUGUCCAUUGAAGAAUCUUCUAAUGGGAGUCUCUCGGUAGAAUUUCGACAUUUGCAACCAAAGGAAAUGAAGUCCAGUGCUGGAAGCAAAGGAAAUGAGGGUUGUCACAUGGUGACUGAGGAGCUUCAUUCCAUAACCUUUGAAACACAGAUCUGUCUCUAUGGCCUGACUAUAGAUUUGGAGACCAGCUCAUUACCUGUGGUGAUGAUUUCCAAUGUCAGUCAGUUACCUAAUGCUUGGGCAUCCAUCAUUUGGUACAAUGUGUCAACCAAUGAUUCCCAGAACUUGGUUUUCUUUAAUAACCCUCCAUCUGCCACUUUGAGUCAACUCCUGGAAGUGAUGAGCUGGCAGUUUUCAUCAUAUGUCGGUCGUGGCCUUAACUCAGAUCAACUCAACAUGCUGGCAGAGAAGCUAACAGUCCAAUCUGGCUACAGCGAUGGUCAUCUCACCUGGGCCAAGUUCUGCAAGGAACACUUACCCGGAAAAUCAUUUACCUUUUGGACGUGGCUUGAAGCAAUAUUAGAUCUAAUUAAGAAACAUAUUCUUCCCCUUUGGAUUGAUGGGUAUGUCAUGGGCUUUGUUAGCAAGGAGAAGGAACGACUCUUGCUAAAGGAUAAAAUGCCUGGAACCUUUUUGUUAAGAUUCAGCGAAAGCCACCUUGGAGGAAUAACUUUCACUUGGGUGGACCACUCUGAAAAUGGAGAAGUGAGAUUCCACUCUGUAGAACCCUACAAUAAAGGCCGGUUGUCUGCUCUGCCAUUUGCUGACAUCCUUCGAGACUACAAGGUUAUUAUGGCUGAAAAUAUUCCUGAAAACCCUCUGAAGUACUUAUACCCUGACAUUCCCAAAGACAAAGCCUUCGGUAAACACUACAGCUCUCAGCCAUGCGAAGUCUCAAGACCAACAGAAAGGGGAGACAAAGGUUAUGUUCCUUCUGUUUUUAUCCCAAUCUCAACAAUAUGAAAUCUCCAUAUUCUGCUGAAUAACAGGAUAAACUCUUGAUACUCAAAAGAAGGAAGCAAAAAAAAGUUUAAAGGCUGAUCUUUGCCAACAAUCACAUCUUAUUUCUUCAGCUUUGUAUAUACCGGUUUCCAGGAAACGAUUGAAGUCUGAAGCUCUCCUCUCAGUGGCAUGACACUCCCAGUUAGGAGUGUUGUGAUUGAAAUGCUAAAAACCAGAGCUUCAGAUAAACUUGCAAGAUAAGACUCUUUAAGAAACCCAGUGUUAAUAUAAUAUAAAGCCUCGUUUGUAUGUAUUUGUUUCACUUCUGAUUUUAUUUCUCAUGUUACUUAUGAUCUUGGUUCUAGAAGGUUCAAGUGUGAGAUUUCAGAACAGGUCAAAAAAUAACCAAGUCACACCUACAUGACUCAAAAUCCAGCAGGAAGGCCUGAGGGAAAAGCCAAAUAAAUCAAUGUCCUGAGUUCUAGCAGGUUAAAAGUCAUCACAUUAGAUACAGCAUGGAGGUAAUAAUGGGGCAUUAAUAGCAGCUGUUCACAGGGUGUCCACGGGGUGAAUUAUGAAGCCUCUUGAUUGUCAUGUCAACACUGUCCCAACUUCGGGGUUCACAGCUGCUGGUACACUGCCAGGAAUACCUCUUAUUAGGGGAAGGAUCCAAAGUCAUUCCUGGUGGUAUCUGGGGCACUGAUCUUAUGGGCCAGGCCGGAUGCUCAGCAGUGCUAUUGCCCAGCUCUUGCCCUUAACAGUAGUGCGGGAAUCGUCUGAUGCCAGGACUUGGGGAGCUCUCUCUGUCUGCCAGGCCCUAGGAAAGCUGCUGAGCCAGGUGAGGAAGUCACUAUACCGAGACAUCUGCCAUGACCCACUGCAGAAAAAUCCUGAGGCUGGUAUCCAAGGUGAGCCCUGACUGCAAUCAGAGAUGACAGUCCCCUCUGGAGGACUCCUUUCUAACUUCUUCCACCCAUUUCCUGUUUCUCAGACAAGCCAAACAGCGAGAGGCCGAUGUUUGAUGGAAAAAGAGUUCAACAAAACAAAACAAAACAAAACAAAAAAAUGGUUUUAAAAUAAACUGCCUUCUCCCUUAGAGAGAUUCCAUCCUAUCAAUCUCCUCCUCUAUAUCCCAGAAUUAUUGUUUCUGCCAACUAGUAACAAAUAAGCAGUAUUUAAUGAAACAUAAUGUAGCUUUUCAAAAUAUUAAUCAUAUUUUCAUUUUCCCCCUCACCCAUCCCACACAAAUCACACAUGUCCAUUUUGCUAAUCCCUUUUCAAAUUCUUUUUCAUGUAAAGAAUCACUUUGACCAAUAAUACUGAAUACCAGUGCCUUCAUCGGGAAUAAAUGCUGAAGAAAGACAGCUGCCCAUAGAUUUCCUCACAGUCUUAAGGUAGCAAGGAAAGCCCCCCAAAGAACCAUUAGAGUGGGUAUAACUCUGCAAGCCCAAGGAAUUUUUCUUUACGUCACAGGGUUCAGUAGGCCCAUGUACUCCCUGUGGUAGAAAGAAUAGAAGUAGGGGCCAAACCAUCCUAGCGCUGGGCUCUAACAGCUGGUAAUUGUAGUCCAGACUUAGUAAACUGCCGUCUGUGCACACGCUCCAAUUCUAACACAGUCUUUUUAAUUUUCAAACUGACCACGAGCUUUGAUUGAUUUGACUGAUUGCAUUUUUUAGAGUCUGGAUUAUUGAAGUACAAUUUACAGACAGUAAAAUCCACCGUUUUCUGACAAACCCACACAGUGUGGAAUCACCACUGUACGACACGGAACAUUUCAACCCAAAUCCUCACAAAGAGGACAGUAUAAAAACAUGAUGAAGGACGUUCUCUGCAACAUCAGUAAAUACAGUAAAUACAACAAACAGUUCCAUGGGGUUUCCUAUGUAGACAGAGGGCUCUAUUUAAAGUAAGUCGGAUCAUUUCACUCCCUGCUUAAUGUUUUCAAAUGGCUCGCGAUGCUCUGGGUUAGCAGUUCUUACCUGGAGAGGACGGACAGAAUUCUGGAGGUUCAUGAAUUUGGAUGGCAAUAAUUAGAAUUUUAUUUCCAUAAACUUCUAGCUGAAAUAGAAUUUCU